UUUAUUUUUACUUUUCUAUAAUAAUCUAUGAAUUUAGUGUUCGAUUUAAUCACAUAUGGAAAUCCAAUGUAAACAAAUAAUUGUUCGAAAUUGGAAAUUAAAUAUGUGUACUCUAAUAUAUGUAUUCAUUACCCUAUACUUUUGAUGACAAAAUUGAAGUUUUCUACACAAAAGUCCAAGCAAUAACAUCACCAUAAUGUCAACUUAUAUAACUGCAACAUUUUGUGCUGUAACGGGAGCUACCUUUUUUGUUCUCGGUGCGCUUGUCCAACAAGAUAUAUCCUGUAGAAGAAUUAAGGCUAUCAUGGUGACUGAUCCAUAUGUUUACCAAUGUCGGACACACAUUUUUAGGGCCCUAGAACUGUUUUGGGGGUCAACUAAAAUGUCCGUCGUUGAUAAUAAAACUGCGAGGAAUAGUGGUGUAGAAAAUACACCUAGUGCUAAAACGUCUUUCGAACAACCAGAUAUUGGUAGUGUGUCUUUAUUUGAGCAAUUCACACUGUGGAGUAGGACGAAGGCGCAUAAAAUAAUUGCGUUCAUGACUUUUUCCGCCGGGCAUCGAGAAGACAACCUAGAAAAGGAAAUGGAGCAUGUUUCUGGAAUUAUGAAGUAUGGCUUUCCGGGAAUGGAUGAAGUACGCGUGUAUAAAAAUUUUGUACUUUCAUACGAUCGUCGCAACCGCAUUGCCCAUUGGGUGUGCGAACACAUUAAAAAAGAAUGUUUAGAACUCAGAGAUCCUAAGACGCUGCAUAAGCCGAGUCUCUACAUAACGGAUACUUCCAUAUUGCCAACAUUUUGUGCAACUAUGCGGGACUUUAGGAAUAGCGAUUGGGUUGGAGGUCAUAUGGCCUCGCCUCAGAACUACAAAUGCGACGUGGUUAAAUUUACGGAAGCCUACAAAUUUCCCAACAUUGUACCCAUUAAUCGGGGACUAAAAAACCACAUUUGGCUUCGCUUGGAGAACUAUGUAAGGGAAUUGGCUCUUAAAUUCGGAUCGGUCUAUGUAUAUACCGGUCCUCUAUUUAUGCCACAAAGGAUUACAUUCAGGAACUGGUCUGUGCGUUAUCACGUAACAGGCAUGAAUACUGUUGCCGUACCAACUCACUUUUUCAAAAUCAUCAUUUGCGAUGAGAAUGUCGAUGGUGCUACACCUCUUAUGGAAGGCUUUGUUGUGCCGAACGCUGAUGUCGACAAAGAAAUGGACCUGCGAUCAUUUUUAUCUGACAUUCGAGAUAUUGAGCACUUUGCAGGACUUAAAUUUUAUGAUGGCCAGCAGCGAGAUCAGAUAGAUAUGGUUGUACAUGGACCCUCUAUGACUGAUUUUGAAGAAUAAUAUAUCAAAAUUUAAAUUAAAUAUUGAAGGGGAAUAUGAGCUUGAGUGAUCCCACCUCCUUGCAACUUUGUUCAUUCUUCUCCUGCUUGGAUUUUUAAUAUUUAAGGAAGCCUGGUCCUGGCCAGGAGGCGUCCAUCGUCUAUCCGACCGCCGCUGCUGCUUUUGCUCGCGUCACUGGCCGCUAACAGCAACAAUAACAGUAGCAACAGCAACAUCAACUCACACACACAGAAACAUGUGUAGGAAGUUUUUGCUGCUAGGACUUGGUUACACCUCUGCGGCUGGCUGUGAAUCUGGAUUGCAGCUAGCAGGAGUCGCCAACGCCGCUGCUGGUGUUUCCCUUUAGUUCAGUUUCGCCCUUUCCUUUUAGUUUGUAGCUUUUUUGCAAGUUUCGGUAAACUUGCCACUUGGCCAAAAAGCAGAAGACUUGUCCCCGCCAUGCUCCCUAUGGAAUGUAUCUCAAUGUGUGGUAAAAUAAAUUUACAGCUUGACCAAAAGGAUGCAAGU